AUUUUGAAUGGCAUCCCCCAAUUAAACAUAAAAAGAUGUACAAUUAUUUAAAUUAUACAAUAGAGAUACAAAGGAGAAUAUUAAGCCCUCAAUAAAGUCAGGCAUGGAUUUGGAACAUAUAUUUAUGAAAACUCCUUUUUUACUUAUGAAGGAUAAUGGGUGAAUGGAGUUAAGGAAGGUUAAGGGAUUUUAAAAAUGAAAGAUGGCAGCUACUAUUAAGGCAAUUUUGAAUAAGGAGAAAUCUAAGGUCAUGGAGAAUUUCAUUAUGCAAAUGGAUCAAUGUAUGUAGGGGAGUUUCAUUAAGGAGAGAAAAAUGGAUAAGGUGUAUUUUCAUCACCAGCUAUGACAUAUGAAGGAUAAUGGUACUUAAACUGCAUGUAGGGAACUGGAAUCUUGUAAACACCUACAUAUAGAAUUGAAGGAACUUUUCUUUAACAUAAACCUCAUGGACAUUGCAAUUAUUAUUCAGAAGAAUAUAAUUAUAUAGGUGAAUUUGAUAAAGGUAAAAGAUCUGGAAAAGGAAAAUAUGAAAGUCAAAUUGAAGAUUAUGAAGGAGAAUUUUUAGAUGAUAAAAAACAUGGAUAAGGAAUUUUAGUCAAAAAAGGUGAAAAUCCAUAUUACUAUGCUGGAGAAUUCUUUUAAGAUAAUCCCACAUGUAUUAUAUUUAUAUAUUUUUGUGCAAACAAAUAAACUUAAUUUUAAAUUAGAUCCUCAACCAGAAGAACCUAUCGACCCAAAAGCAAAAAAAGGAGAACCAGUUAUUGAUUUGACAUAAGUUUUGGUUCAUGAAUUAAAGUCAGGAAAAACUAAUAAUUUUGAACUUUAUUUAGUUUAUUAAGGACCUGAUAUAGAAGAUCCUGUCUAACCAUCUUAAUAAGAAAUUGAUG